CAAAACAGUAUUGAAUUUUCAUCUGCUGUUGGAGCAACAACGGAGCGAUUGGACAGGAUUGAUUGAUCGAUUGGUACUCGACUUUUCUCUGCACCGAAUUUUCUGGACGGCAAAUCGAUUACACAGUCACACACAUACAAAGAAAAGUCGGAGCACAGCAGCAGCGGCGGUGUUAGCUCGAGGGUCGUACAGAAUCAGAAGCAACAACACCAUGUCUUCCUCAUUCGAGGAUCAUUUUGACGAGUACGAUUACUACAACUUUGACCACGACAAGCACAUUUACACCGGACACGGCGGCAAGCAACGUAGCAAGCGCGAGGCUGGCAUGCAUACGAAUCAAUUUGAUCCAAACGGUCAUUCCAGAAAAAUCGUUACAAAACUUAUGAACUCUGAGCACAACAAGCGAGUCAUCAAAAGCAAGUAGUCCUAUUGCGGGGUGUCUCUGUAGCCGUUAUUGUGUUUCCAACUAAGAGAGGUAAAUUUUAUUUAUGUUCAC